AUGUAUCAAAAUUGGGUGUGCCGGUGUCAAGGACUAGAUGUUUCACAUCAAGCAUAUCCGGGCAAAGACCAACGUCGGUUAGAUAUCGCGGCUGCACGUCCUUUACAACAGAAGCCUCACAUACUUGUCAUGUUCGAGCGUGAAAUCUGUGCUUGA